AUAAUAAUUGUGAGUAAUGAUUUAAAACCCUUAUACAUGCGAAAUGUCUACCACGAAUUGCAAAGAAGAGGACGAUUCUUAUCCUCUUCAUGAAUGUGUGUUCAUUGGAGAUGUUCGAAAGCUGUCAUCAUUACUGAGAUUCAACGAUGUGACACGUAAAGACAAGCAUGGAAACACAGCACUGCAUCUAGCAGUAAUGCUAGGUCGCAAAGAGUGCGUACAACUAUUAUUGGCACAUAGCGCGCCAGUUAAAGUGAAAAAUCUUGCUGGAUGGUCGCCACUCGCCGAAGCGAUCAGCUAUGGGGAUCGUCAAACAAUAUCGUCUCUCGUUCGGAAACUUAAACAGCAAGCCCGCGAACAAAUGGAAGUCCGGCGACCUGACUUAAUUCGAGCUCUUGCUCAAAUACAAGAUUUUUAUAUGGAACUAAAAUGGGACUUCCAUUCAUGGGUUCCAUUGGUGUCCCGAAUACUUCCAUCUGAUGUAUGCAAAAUUUACAAAUCAGGUUCAGGUAUUAGGUUGGACACUACUCUUGUGGAUUUCACUGACAUGAAGUGGGAAAGGGGAGAUAUUUCAUUUAUUUUUCAAGGCGAAAAACCUCCAAGUGAGUCAUUAACCGUACUUGAUAAUAAAGCUAAAGUCUAUCAACGUGUACGCUAUGAGGAAACAGAAAAUGAAAUAGAAGAUGAAGUAGAUAUAUUGAUGUCUAGUGAUAUUUUGGCAGCUCAAAUGUCUACAAAAGGUAUUUCAUUUUCAAGAGCACAAUCAGGUUGGAUAUUUCGCGAAGACCGGAAAGAGACUGUUGCAGGGUUAUAUAGAAGUGAUAUCUAUACAAUCACUGGACUUGUAUUAGAAUCACGAAAAAGAAGAGAACAUUUGUCUACAGAUGAUUUACAAAAAAAUAAAGCUAUUAUUGAAAGUUUGACAAAAGGCAAUACGCAAAAUUUAGAUACAAAUGGUGAACCAACUCGAAGAGCAUCUUUGAACCCUCCACCAGAUUCUGGAGUGGAGUGGAACAUGUACAUAUCAUCUCCACCAGGACAGUAUCCUGGUUUAGGACGAGAACUUGUUUAUAAAGAAUCAUCUAGAAAUUUUAGAGCAACAUUGGCUAUGAGUGAUGAUUUUCCUCUCAGUGUUGACAUGCUUCUCAAUGUACUUGAAGUGAUUGCUCCAUUCAAACAUUUUGCAAAAUUACGACAAUUUGUAGCUAUGAAGUUACCAAAAGGGUUUCCUGUUAAAAUUGACAUACCUAUACUGCCUACAGUGACAGCUAAAAUCACCUUUCAAAAAUUUGAUUUCCGUGAUGAUAUACCACCAGAAUUAUUUAUUAUACCUGAGGACUAUAUAGAAGAUCCUCUUCGGUUCCCUGAUUUAUGACGCUUCGAUCUUCUAACACUGUUUGAAAUAAGUGAGAAGCAAGUGUGGCGACGUGAGCAAAAACGAGGGCGGUCCAGGCGUCUAAUGAAUGGAGCACACUGCUACAAGCCUGUGUCACAUGUCAUGCUCACAAUUGAAUUCCCAAUGCUGUUUGGUCUGGGCAGUUCCUACUCUAGCCAUUGUGUCCUGUUUGUUGAGUAGCGACAAUUUCUUUUUUGUAGGUAUGUAAAAUUGAUAGUGGGAGAAUGUGUUUAUAUACAACAGUGUUAGAACUUUCAAUAGUAUUGAAGUUGUUAUGAACCUUAUUUCAUACAUACUAGCUUCAAAUUCAAUAAAUAUCGUUUUCUUUAAAAUUAAACUUGAAACAACAUUCUAAGAUGUCACUGCAAAACUAUUUACUUUAUAUUACUUUAAACAGUUUUGCAAACUGUUAUUACAUGCUUUACUUAAAUACUAUAGUACAUAGCAGACUAUAUGUUGAUGUUGUUAUAAGUUUUCAUUUAAAAGAAAUUAUAUUGAUGUCACUAGUGUGUAUAAAGGUGUUUUAAUAUUUAUUUAUUGACAUGAUUAUGUCUGUUUUUAUAAAUUUAAUUUACUUAUGUUUCCAUAUGGCCAUUGAAAAUAGGCCCUCUUUAAUUCCAUUGUGUAAAGACAGUAAUAAUAUAAAAUCCAUUC